UUGUGAAUGUGUUCAAGGAGGAGAUUUGUGUGUUUUUUUUUAAUUUGGCGAGGGGGGUGGAGAGUAGAGGAGAGAGAGAGAGAGAGAGGUUGAGGAUUUGAAAAGAGACGCUCUUUGGAAAAUAAAAGGAGAAUAAUACCAGAGGACUUUUUUUUUUCAAGGGGCAUUCAUUGAUAGUCCGCUCUUUUCAAAACCCAAUUUUUUUUUUUUAAAGAAGAGAUAUAUAUAUAGGAAGUUUGCAGCCCAGCCGUGCAUCCAAGAAUCGGUGGAAUAUAUUGCUGUGUGCGGCCCGUUCUCCCUCUCAGAUCUACGAAGUGCAACGAAGGCGAGACAUUAGGCAUGAUUUGUAAAAGGAUUUCAAUCUUUGCUUUGCUGUGCCUUCUCUUGCGAAACCAGCUCUCCCUGGCGUCGGGGCAGUUCGAGUUGCAGAUGAACCAGAUGCAGAACGUUAACGGGGAGUUGCAGAAUGGGAAUUGUUGCGAAGGCGGCAGCAGGAACCCCCAGGACCGCAAGUGUGUGCGGGCUCAGUGCGACACCUUCUUCCGAGUGUGCCUGAAGGAGUACCAGGCUCGGGUGUCGCCUGACGGUCCCUGCAGCUACGGCUUCUCCUCCACGCCGGUCAUCAAGGGCAACACCUUCAACCUCAAGGCGGCGGCGGCGGCCAGUGGCAGCGGCAGCAACAGCGGCAGCAACAGCGGCAGCGAGCGCAGGAUCAUGUUGCCCUUCAGCUUCGCCUGGCCGAGGUCGUAUACUUUGAUCGUGGAAGCCUGUGACUACAAUAAUGAUACCGGUCAAGGAGAUACGAUAGAGAAGGCUGUCUACUCUGGCAUGAUCAACCCAAGUCACCAAUGGCAGACAAUGAGACAUAAUGGGGCAGUGGCGCACUUUGAGUACCAAAUUCGCGUGAUGUGUGACGAAUAUUACUACGGCUUUGGAUGUAACAAGUUUUGUAGGCCGAGGGAUGAUUUCUUUGGGCAUUACACCUGCGACCACAAUGGCAAUAAGACUUGCCUGGAAGGAUGGAUGGGAAUCGACUGCAACAUAGCUAUCUGUCGUCAGGGCUGCAGUCCUGAACAUGGCUCCUGUAAAUCACCUGGGGAUUGCAGGUGUCAAUAUGGCUGGCAAGGAGUUUACUGUGACAAAUGUAUUUCCCACCCAGGCUGUGUGCAUGGUACCUGUAUCGAACCAUGGCAAUGUCUUUGCGAGACGAAUUGGGGUGGUCAACUCUGCAACAAAGACCUGAACUACUGUGGGACGCGACAGCCGUGUUUGAACAGCGGGACUUGCAGCAACACUGGCCCUGACAAGUACCAGUGCACCUGCUCCGAUGGCUACUCCGGGCUGAACUGUGAGAUCGCCGAACAUGCCUGCAUCUCCGACCCCUGCCUUAACGGAGGAAGUUGUUCAGAAACCCCAGUGGGAUUCGAGUGUCUCUGCGCCCUCGGAUGGAGUGGUCCCACCUGCACUAUCGAUAUCGACGACUGUGCCUCAAACCCUUGUGCCCACGGCGGUUCGUGCCAGGAUAGGACCGAUGGUUUUAAAUGCAUCUGCCCACAGCAGUGGACGGGCAAAACAUGCCAGUUAGAUGCCAACGAGUGCGAGGGAGAGCCCUGUGCGAACGCUGACUCCUGCCGCAAUCUCAUCGGUGACUAUUACUGCAACUGUGUACCCGGGUGGUCUGGCAAAAACUGCGACUUAGACAUCAAUGACUGUCACGAGCAGUGCCAAAAUGGCGGAGUUUGCAAGGAUUUGGUCAAUGGAUACAGCUGCACCUGUGUGUCGGGCUUUGCCGGCUCCAACUGUGAGAAGGACAUCAAUGAAUGUGAAAGCACCCCCUGUCUCAAUGGUGGUUACUGUCAGGAUGAAGUCAGUGGAUUCCAGUGUCUCUGCCCUGCUGGUUUCUCUGGGAGCUUGUGUCAGCUGGAUGUUGAUUACUGCGAGCCUAACCCGUGCUGGAAUGGGGCGCAGUGCUUCAAUCUGGCCAGCGACUACUUCUGCAGCUGCCCAGAAGACUACGAAGGGAAGAAUUGUUCCCAUCUGAAAGACCACUGUCGGACCACUCCCUGUGAAGUCAUCGACAGCUGCACCGUGGCCGUGGCCUCCAACAGCACGCCCGACGGCAUCCGCUACAUCUCCUCCAAUGUGUGCGGCCCCCACGGCAAGUGCAGGAGUCAGGCCGGAGGGAGGUUCACCUGCGAGUGCGGCCAGGGCUUCACUGGCACGUACUGUCACGAACAUAUUAAUGAUUGUGAGAGUGAUCCGUGUAAAAACGGUGGGACUUGCAUUGACGGCGUCAACUUCUACCAGUGUAUCUGCCGUGAGGGAUGGGAAGGUGUUCUUUGUCAGUUUGAUAUCAAUGAUUGCAGUGUAAACCCAUGCCAGAACGGAGGCAAGUGCCAGGAUCUGGUCAACGACUUCUACUGCGAAUGCCAGAAUGAUUGGAAAGGAAAAACCUGCCAUUCACGGGAUAGUCAAUGCGACGCGGCAACCUGCAACAAUGGCGGCACUUGCUACGACGAGGGCGACACGUUUAAAUGCAUGUGUCCUCUGGGCUGGGAUGGAGCCACGUGCAACAUCGCUCGCAAUAGCAGCUGCCUGCCAAACCUUUGCGAGAAUGGUGGCACGUGCGUGGUGAAUGGGGACUCCUACACCUGCGUCUGUAAGGAAGGAUGGGAAGGAACCACGUGCUCUCAGAAUACAAAUGACUGCAAUCCACACCCUUGUUACAACAGUGGGACCUGUGUGGACGGUGAGAACUGGUAUCGGUGUGAAUGCGCUCCUGGCUUUGCCGGACCUGAUUGCCGGAUAAACAUCAAUGAAUGCCAGUCCUCACCUUGUGCCUAUGGAGCCACCUGUGUGGAUGAAAUCAAUGGCUUUCGAUGUAUUUGCCCACCUGGGCAAAGUGGCUUCAGGUGUCAAGAAGUUACCGGAAGAGCUUGCAUCCUGAAGGAUAGCGUUGUGUCGCAUGGAGCCAAGUGGGACGAGGACUGCAACGGGUGCCAAUGUCACAAUGGCAGGAUUGCGUGUGCAAAGAUGUGGUGCGGCCCGAAGUCGUGCCAGGUGCGAGGGAAAGGCCGCGCGGGGGAGUGCCCGGCGUGGCAGACGUGCCUGCCCGUGCGGGAGGACCACUGCUUCGUGCCGCCGUGCGUGGGCCAGGGGGAGUGUACCUCCAGCCGCCCGGCCACCAAACACCCCUGCCAGCCCAACACCGACUACCUGGACAGCACCUGCGCCAAGAUCACGCUGACGGUGAACAAGGAGAUGCUUCGGCCUGGUGUAACUAUCGAACAGAUCUGUGUGGAGCUGCGCAACCUGCAGAUUCUGCGCAACCUGUCGGUGGAAUAUUCGCUCUACCUGGUCUGCGAGCAGACCCAGUCUGCCAACGAGAUCAACGUGGCGAUAUCGGUGGAAAAUUUGCAGCAGGGAACUAAUCCGAUCAAGGAUUUGACGGAGAGAAUCACUGACGUCAUCAGUAAACGCGACGGGAACAACACUAUUCUGGCGGCGAUCGCAGAAGUCCGCGUACAAACCUUGCACGAACCGCUCAAGCCAGCAGAUUUCCUGGUGCCGCUGCUGAGCUCUGUGAUCACGGUCGUGUGGAUCUGCUGCUUUGUCAUGCUGUUCUUCUGGUGGAUCCGGCGGCGCCGCAAGCCCGCCAGCCCCACGCCCACGCCGGCGGACGACACCACCAACAACGUGCGCGAGCAGCUCCACCAGAUCAAGAACCCCAUCGAGAAGCACGUGGGGCCCGCCGCGGGCCCUGCCGGCAAGGACUACGACAACAAAAACUGUAAAAUUGCCAAAAUAAGGACGCACAACUCCGACCUGGAGGAGACGGAUGCGGACAAGCACCAGCAGAAGGCCAGGUUUUCCAAGCAGUCCGCCUACACGCUGGUGGACAGGGACGAGAAGGCUGUGCAGGGCACUCCGACCAAAAACCCCAACUGGACAAACAAGCAAGACAACAGAGACUUGGAAAGUGCGCAGAGCUUGAGUCACAUGGAGUAUAUUGUAUAGCAGUCAGCAACGCAGCGCUAUUUAACAACACGGCCUUCCUUGUUGCUUCCCCCUGAAGGCUCGCUCACGGCAACCAACUUGUUGUGUAAUGUUAUGUAGCGGGUAUUGUCUGCAAAAGUAAACUCCCCUCCCCCCACCCCUAUGUGCUUUCCAGUCGAGUCCCCCACUGACUUCCACUGACACUGGGCAUUGCUACGUUUGUCUUAAAACAACCAGCGCUGCAUCUCGCAUCUAUGCAAAACUAGUCGAGGGCCCCGGUGUGCGUUCAGUUCCAGUUGCAGCCCCUUUGCUUUGUGAACCACGCUGCAGUUAAUCCAGUCUAAUCACAAUUCCACCCCCCCCUGCAAAGACCCCAAUCUAGUGCAGCCGUUUGUCCCCUCUCCCCCCUCCCC